AUGAGCAAUCCAGACGAUCUGCUGCUUGAACUCAUAUUUGAGUAUAAACCUCAUUCGCAAACGUACCGGCAUCGCAUGAACACCUGGAAUGAGCUUUUAAAGGUGUUCAAUAAUGCCACAGGAGCAAGUUACCGCCAAAACCGAACACUCAAGACGAGAUUUGAAAAGCUAAAAGAACUAUACAUAGCCGGUGAACAACUGCCGUUCACCAAUGUGGGAUUGAUGGAAAGAAUCCUUGAAGAAGAUGGUCGGGAUACUAGAAGUAUCGACAGUCGAAGGCCAGGUUACAGAAUGGUGGCCACGAAACCUUCCCCGAGUCCUACAAUUCAGCAACAAGAGCCAACUCCGAUAGCCAUGCAGAUUUUCCCAGGCAAUCCAGCGCCGCCUGCUCAGGCAAAGGCGAAGUCGUAUGCCAAUACAGAGUUAGAAGCGGCGUCUUCUGACGAAGAAGACCAGGAAGAGCAGCUGAGUAAUCGUCAGCCACCGCCGUUGGACUCCAUAACCAUUUUCCCCCACACACAGAUGCGACGCUACCAAGAACAGCAAGAACAAACUGGUGGAGAUUUCUCAACUACACGGGACUCCCAACGGUUUGUUAGCUCCCCAUAUAUUCAUUCUCAAAGUUCUUCUUCCACCAAUACUCCCAGUACACAGUUCAUGGUUACAAAAGAUAACGUCUCAUCUGUAGUCAAUUCGCUAAAAUCCGAUUUCCAAGUCGAAAAUUCUAAGGACUAUAAGUCUAGAGAUUUAACUACUAUGGAAGCGCUUCAACAUGAAGUCAAGGUAAUGAAACAAAAUCAACAGGUUUUCCAAAGAAACGUAUUAAUCAAGCUCGACAAGAUUACAGAACUGUUAAGUCACCUUAAGGGCGAGAAUCUUUCUGAUUUUUUGAGUUUACCUUUUGCUCCUCCACCUCGCCGUGACCCUGGAUAA